CACUUCGAUCAUUCAACUAAUACUGAGAGAGAAAAUUCAGAAAAAUUUAGUUUGCUUCAGAGAUUCGUCAUCAUGAAGCCUUCUAAUUGUUUCUCUUUUAUCCUCUUCUUCUUCUUCUUCUUCUUCAUCGCUCUUGUGACCUCACAAACUCAAGAUUCAUGCUCCUCCAACGUCAACCUCAACGAUCAGGUCCGCUUUGACACAACCACUCUCAAUUGCGCUCCAGUCUGGUCUUCCCAUAACUUCAUUCUCAGAUAUGCGCAGACAUCUCCAAAUUUAUGGAGCUUCGUUCUCUCAGUCCCUGAUUCAAAUUCCUACAUAGCAAUGGGAUUUUCACCCAACGGUCAGAUGGUGGGGUCGAGUGCAAUCGUGGGGUGGAUGUCAACCACUGGAACAGGGACGAUAAAACAGUAUCAACUGAGUGGACAAAGAUCAGACCAAGUGUUACAUGACCAAGGAAAUCUACAAGUCAAUUCAUCAAUGAUAAUUUCUCAACCUCAAUCAAAACGUCUGUAUUUAAUUUUUCAGCUCAACACCGAGCAGCCGCUGUCACGGGUGAUAUACGCCGUCGGCCAAUCGUCUGUGUUCCCGAUUUCACCUAACUUUGCCCUGGUGGAGCACACUGACAAGGCGUCCACCGCCUUGAAUUACGUUACAGGUCAAACCAAAUCUGAAACCCCGCAUGCAAAGCUGAGAAAGGGCCAUGGAAUAUUAAACAUGUUAGGUUGGGGAAUUCUAAUGAUAAUUGGAGCAAUAGUUGCUCGCUACUCCAAGCAAUGGGAUCCACUUUGGUUCUAUGCCCAUACUUUGAUUCAAUCACUCGGAUUUAUGCUUGGAUUAGCCGGUGUAAUUUGUGGAAUCAUCUUAAAUAAGAAGCUUGAUGCCGAUGUCUCUUCCCACAAAGCUCUUGGAAUCAUCAUACUGGUUCUCGGCUGCCUUCAGAUAAUGGCAUUUUUGGCUCGACCGGACAAGACUUCUAAGGUGAGAAAAUACUGGAAUUGGUACCAUCACAACGUGGGGAGGAUUAUGAUAAUAUUUGCAAUAGCAAAUAUAUUCUAUGGGAUACAUUUAGGUGAAAAAGGGAAGUCAUGGAAUGCUGGUUAUGGGGUCAUUAUCACCAUCUUAUUUCUGAUUGCUGUUAUUUUAGAGAUAAGGUUGUGGAAGAGAAAUUAGGUUAAAUCUUUUAUUUCAUCAUGUAACUUUAUAUUUGUUUCAUUAGAUAAAUUAAUUAAUUAAAUA